AUGCUUGUGCCCACUGCCAAUCCAUAUAGGAUAACAGCAGAAUUUGUGGUAAUGGCAGAAGCAAAUUCUAAUAAACCACCAAUUAAGAUCAUAAUCGAUACUUCACUUGCCAACAGCGUCAAGCCAUCGCAAUCUUCCAUUUUAACUAGGUUCCAUGCAGGCUAUUUCCGAAUAACCCUUUCUCUUGGCAGCCAAGCAUUACUUUGGAAGAUCCUGAUGACUAAGCCUAUUAACAAUGACGAUUCACGUGAUGCAUGGCUCAUAUUUCGCAAGUUUUCUUUCACUGCUUUUCUCUUGCUAUGGUGGCUGACCCUUGUAACUCAAUUUUCUCUCUCUAUUCUAUACCUCCUCAAGUGUUUCUUUCACUUCAACAUGGUGAAGGCAGAGUUCUUGCAUUAUAUAGGAGUGAACUUCUUCUACUCUCCUUGGAUUUCUUGGCUUCUUUUGCUUCAAUCAUCACCCUUGGCUGUUUCCAACCCUAUUCCCUAUCUUGUUCUUUGUUGGGGUUUUAGUAUUCCUAUUCUGAUGCUUGAUGUAAAGCUGUAUGGGCAGUGGUUUACCACAGAGAGGAGGUUUCUGUCCACCUCAGUUAAUCCAACCAGCCAACUAUCGGUGAUAGGAAACCUAGUGGUUGCAACAGCAGCAGCACAGGGAGGGCAUAGGGAAGGUGCAGUGUGCAUGCUCUCACUAGGGAUGGUGCAUUAUUUAGUGCUGUUUGUCACUCUUUAUCAGCGUUUUCCAGGCAACAAAAGUUUUCCAGCAGUGUUGAGGCCUGCGUUCUUCCUGUUCUUUGCUGCACCAAGCAUUGCGAGUUUUGCUUGGAAAUCCAUGUCAGGAGCUUUUGAUACCCCGUCAAAGAUGCUGUUCUUUCUCUCUUUGUUCCUUUUCUUGUCUUUGGCUUGCAGGCCAACUCUUUUCAAUAAAUCUAUUAGAAAAUACAAUGUUGCGCGGUGGAGUUACUCUUUCUCACUAACGUUCCUAGCUCUAGCCUCUUCUCAAUAUGCAAAAGAGGUCCAAGACCAUGGAGCAUUCAUACUGAUGUUAGUGUUAUCUGCACUCUCCGUUAUGGUUCUCCUCGGCCUAAUACUACUCACUGUACUCAAUACAGAUUGUCUUCUCCAAGAAAAUGAUCCCAUACUGAAACUUGUUAACAAUUCAGGACUUAAACGAUGCAGAUAG